AUGUUCGCCCAAUUCGUCUUACCGUUCCUCGCGAUGCAGAUGCUCGCAUCAGCAACUCCGCAUCAACACCGAAGGGCCAACGGCGUCGAGAUUACGAGUCUGACAAAAAAUGUCACAUCGACUAGCGGAAUCGGCAAUGUCGCUGCGGCGGGUAACCUUUCACCAUUCGGCGACAUUGGUGUAGGCUGCGGCAUCAACUGGCAAGCCGAUGUGUCGUACGGAGGCGGACUUCAGGCUGGAUCCAGCGACUUUGGUCUGGGAAGCGGCUUCAACAUGACCCCGGAAGCCAUCAUUAUCGGCGCUGGAAUCGGCAUGAAUGCGGCGAAUGCGAGCGCGAACAUCCAGUUUCAUGGGUCGAAGAACGGAAGCGUCGAGCUAGUUUUCGAGAGUUCCGCACCGAUCGUGUGCACGCCAGGGCUCAAGGAUGGAAAGUCGACGGUUUCAUGCAAGACAGUGUCUGUAUAG